AUGCAACCGACAUAUUUAGAACCUUUGGGUUCAGUUAAUUUCUCCAAAUUCAAGACCGACAUAUCGUUGCGGAAUACAACGCAAAUCGUCUUCAGUUCAUCUUCAGCAACUGUAUGCCUAUACGAUAUACACAAACUUGACUGCUUUCGUGAAAGUCCAAAUUGGUCACAUCAAUUUACAUGGAUACCUAUUUUAGAUUUAAAAUAUUUAUUGGAUAAUGUAUCAGACUCUCCUGAUGAUUUGUACAAUUGGCAUAUUAGUAAAGUUAUGUUUGUAAAUACUUCAACUACGGCAAGGCAAUCUUUAGCAGCGGUUCUUGUAAAUAUCAACCAGAAUCGUUCACUUGUCUGUUUUUUUCGUUCAUUGAGUACAGCAAAAUGUAACAUAACUGUUAUAGUAAAUGGGGCACUAACCUCACUGGAGUGGUUGCCUCUUAUCGACAUAGGAUGUAAGCCAUCGGAAUCGCGCUCAAUGAACUCUACUAUGGAUAUUACGGAUCAAGAUAUUUCCAAAGGAACAAACAAAACUUUAAGCUCCGUUUUAUCAGUUUUUGAUGGUUGUUUCGCUCUCGGUUUUCAGCAAGGACUUGUGGGUUUACUGGAUAUGUGUCUAACACAUACUCGUGAUGAUUUAUUAAAUGAUAUACCUGAGACAUCAAUUGCAGUUGAAAGAUCACAUUGUUUAAAUUGUUUUUCUUGUAAACAACCAAUAUCUCAAUCAUCUAAUGAUAAUAUAGAACACUCACUAGUAUAUCUUGACGCCUCAGUUCUUCGAUGGAAUGAUUUUACAUAUAAAUCUGUCAGUGGUAAAACAUUAUCUUCAAUCCCAUCUGCUGGUGUCUACGUGUCAGCCUUAAGUUAUAUUCCACAACUUCAAGGUCUUGCUGUUGGCUUCAGUUUUGGUGGUUGGCAAUUAUGGUCAUUGGAUCGACUGAAUAUGGAAUUUUGUUUGCGACAAGCUACUCCAGCUACUCCUGUGGUUAGUUUCAACUUUCUAGAACCUUCGGAUGAUCCACGAUUUUGUUGUUUUAUUUGGGUUGGUUGGCAAUCAAAACAAGAAACUGAAAGUGAUGGUGUGUUUAGAUUUACUGGGAAACAGAAUUCUGCAGGAAACUUCCAAAGUCCAACAGUAAAAUUAUUCCAGUUAUCCUAUAGACGUCGUUAUGAAUUAUUUUCAAAUAAACAUAAAGAAUUCAAUUUCUAUUACCAGGAUUUAAUUGGUAUUGCAGAACGUUUAUCUACAACAUUAUCUGGUGAUAAAAUUGACGAUAAUAAACCUCAAUACACAUCUAGAUUACUUUCUGUUCAAUCACUUCAUGCACCGGGUGAUUUCAUUAUGGAUAAUAAUAAUUAUCAUCAUCCCAAUAACAAUAAUAGCAAUGCUGUCAUCAGUCAUUCUAUAGGAAUGAUACGUUUAAUUGCUUUUAUAUGGAAGUUUUCCGAAUCUGUUAUUCGUAUUGGUCUGUUUGAUUUGGAUCGAUGGUAUCAUGCACAAAUGCCAACUUAUAUCAGAUCUGAUGACACGUUUGUUUCUAUUUUUGAUGCAUUAAUUCCAAAUCAAAAAGUACACUUAUUGCACACCUAUUUAAUUGAAUCAAGUUUAAUGUCAUUUUGGAGUCGUAUUGUUCAACGUGAAUCAAAUUUAAUUCAAUAUUGUCAAUCUUAUCCUAUAUUAAUAAAUUCAACUAUAAAUUCUACCAAUAAUCAUCAUCAUCAUCAUCAUUAUAAAAGACUACGUCCAAUUCCUGAAAUAUUUCUACGUCCAUCAUCAUUAUCAUUUCAUUGUCUUAUAUUUUGGACUAAUGAUAUAUCUUAUAGUAAUAAUAAUAUAUUAAACUUUUCUAUGACACAACAACAUCGUCAUCGUACUACUACUACUACUACUACUAAUACUACUCAUCAGUAUUAUGAUUGUAUCUAUCAUCUUAGUCGAAUUAUGUUUGUAUCAUAUCAAGAAGAAUGUCUUAUAGAAUUGAAUCAAUUUAUAAAGAAAUCAUCAUUAAAUUAUAAAAAAUUUAAUAUUAUUCAAUGGUUAUCUAAUGCAUGGAAAUAUGGUCUACUUGAAUCACCAGGUUUAGAUCAAUUUGAUGAUGAUGAAGAAUUUAUGAAUUUAUUAAAUUAUACACAAAAUACUACUUUAAUAAAGAAUAAAUAUACUACUGAUAAUACUACUACUAAUACUACUAUUAAUGAUUAUGGUAUUCAUUUAACACUUGGUGAUUAUUAUGAUCAAUCAAUUAUUGAUAGUUUAAAUAAAUUAUUAUAUAAUUUAACAACAGAACAAUUCAAUAGUAAUACUAUUGUGGAUGAUGAUCAUGAUCAUAAUGAUGAUGAUGAUUGUAUUUCAUCAAAACGUCAUUGUAAAUAUCGUCGAAUAGAUCAAUCAGUCAAUUCAUCAUUAUAUAGUAAAGGAAUAAAAACACUUAAAAAGAAAUAUCAAUAUUCUUUAGAUCCUUGUUGGGUAUUAUUAGCUAAUUGUCUUUUAGAACAUGGUUGUAUUAAUGUAUUAAAGAAUUUGGAAAAUUUAUCUCCACUUGGACAAGAUUCCCCAAUCAAUAUAAAUUUCAAAUAUAGUUGGAUAUGGCUACGAUUUUGUAGAUUGAAAUCUCGUUUCGACAAAUUGACAAGUGUACUAUUUAUGCCAAAGUCAUCAAAUGAAGUGGAAUCAGUUUUAUCGAAUUCAACAGAUCAUAGUCAUUCAAGAAUACCUGAUCUUUUAGAGUUGGGCUGCACGAUUAAUCAAAUUCAACUAUUAGCAACAUUGGCAAAACAUUGGUUCAUUGGGAAAAAUCACAAUUCUAUUAUGAAUAGUCCUAGACGAUUUCAUUUAUCAACUAAAUUAUCGUUAACUUCAAGACAACAUCCUAUAGAAUUCAGUAUUAAAACAUAUUUAUCCUAUGCAAAACUUUUAGUGUUUCUAUUUCGUUUAGGUUUAUUACCACAAACAAAUGAAAGAUUCAAUGAUAAUAAAUUCUUUACAGAUUCAUCUUAUCGAAUCAAUAGUACAGUUCUCUUACCGUACAAUUCAUCAAUGCUAACUGAAACAAUUUCUGAAUUACGAUGUACACGGCACCAUCCUGUUGAUCUUGAUAUGAAUAAUAAUAAUAAUAAUGAUAAUAAUGACUGUAACACUAAUCGAUUAACAUCUAUUAGCGACCAUAUUCUUUAUUCUUCACUUCAAGCACCAUCAAAGCAUCUCAAUAAUAGUAAUCAUACAUUUGAUAAUUACUUGACUAAUAGUGAAGUUCAUGAUAUCUGGAAGGAACAAGAACACUUAACAUCAUCAUCAUCAUCAUCGUCAUCAUCAGCUACAUUAAAACCAACAAAUUCAUCUCAUCAUUCUAAUCAAAAUCGCUCUUCAUUAGAUAAUAAUGAAUUACCAAAUUGGUUAAAUUAUCCACCGAAUAAUUUACAAUCAUUAUGUGCUUUAUGGCAAUUGCCAUAUAAUCGACAAAUUAGAAAAUCACGAUUAAUUAUACUUGGAUUUAUAUUAUGUGAUUCAGCAGCUGAAACAUUAUUUCAUCAAUCUAAUUAUGAUGAACAUUAUAAUGGUCUUAUAGAUGAAGAUAAUACUGAUGUUAAUAAUAAUGUUAGUAGCAAUGAGAAGACUCAAACUACUCAAAUGAUUAAUAAUAUCAAAUCUACAAAUUCCAGUAGUUUACGUGCAUUACAACUGUGUCGUUAUGUAAUGUCUUUAUUUAUCAAAGAAUUCCCUUCGGUUUAUUCUCUUAUCCCUACAAUUAUAUCACUUUGGCUUAUGGAUCGUGGUUAUUUUCAAGAGUCCAUAUCCUCUGAUAUUAUAUCUUUCAUUAUGAACUCUACUGAAAUUCAAUCAUCAAUAUCAUCAUACUAUCAUAUCCAUAACGAUCUUUUUCCAAAUCAAACUAAUUUAAUUAUACAUUUAUUCAAGAAAUACGGUCAAGGAGAUUUAAUUCAUGACUUACUGAAACAUUUAACCAAUUAUAAUAAUAACAAUUCUUCAUCAUUGGAUUACAAUCCAAACAACUUGAAAGUACAACUAUCAUUUCAACAGUUAUUCAAUAAGAUUACUACUAUUACUACUACUACUACUACUACUAAUUCUACCAUUAUGAAUAAUAAUAGUGAUCAUAAAUUAAACAUGAAACCUAUUGGUGCUCCAUAUUUGGCUUUAUCAAAAUUACGUAAUUUAAUUCAUAAAAUGAAUCGUUUACACAAUCAAACACCUUUACCAACGAAAGUAUUGAAUUCUGUUGAUAAAUUAGCUCGUAAUUCUUUAAUUCAAUUAGCUGAAAUAUGUAGACAAGCUGGUCGUUUAAGUGAUUUGAUUAGUUUAGGUUUAAAUAGUUGGGAAGCAAAAGUAUUAUUUGAAUAUUAUGAAAAAACUGGACAACAGAAUUUAUUAUUUCAUUGUUUAAUUGCACGUUCACAAUAUCAGACUGCUUUGGAAAUAUUUAAUAAUUCCCAUGGUGUUUUACCAUAUCAUAAAACUAGAUUGUUACAUGGUAAUACAACUAAUCCAACUGUUGAUCAUGAUGAACAUGUUCAACGAUUACAACAACUUGAUUUAAUGAUACAACUAAUGAAUUCAUGUCUUCCAUUAUUAAAUACAAAUAAUGAAUUCAAUCAAAAAUCUAUUCCAUCUAAUUAUUAUAAUCAAAUGGAUCAUUAUAAAGCAUUAGCAAAUGAAUAUGUUAAUAUGGAUGAUAUUCAAACGAAUUCUGAAUCAUCUUCAUUCAUUCAUCAUAAUGAUGAUGAUGAUGAUCAUCAUCAUCAUAAUAUAGUUGAUAAUAACAUAUUCGAAUCAAUUCAUCAUCAUCAACCAUCAUCAUUAUUAUCAUCAUCAUCAUCAUUCACCCAAUCACAAUCAUCAUUACCACAAAUGGAUCAUGGGAAUUUUAUCGCUUAUAAACAAACUACUCCAUUAAUAUAUCCAUUAACUGAUUUAAAGAAAUCGAAUCAAUUAAAAAAACCUACAUUAAAUAAGUAUCAAUUGAAUUCUCGUAUUGGUAAUCCGUAUUCAUAUGACAAUAUGGAUGAUAACAAUCAUGAUGACGAUGAUGAUGAUCGUCAUCUCAUAGAAGAUGAAAUUAUUAGAAAUAAUCGUAUUAACAAAUCAAAUUCAUGGUUAUUAACUACAAAUAAAAAAAGUCGACAAGAAUUUUGGAAUACAUUCAAAGAAUUACAAGAUCUUCAUGAAAGUUGUGGAUUAAAUUCAAAUAUUUGGUUAAAUAAUACUCGUUGUCGUCUAAUGGAUUAUACUACUAUUAAUACUACUAAUUCAACAGUAGUAACACCAACACAACCAGUUAAUUUAAAUGAAUCUCGAUUGAAAUUAAAUAAGAAACGUGAAUUCCCUUCGAAAGAUGAUGAUCUUGGCAAGUACUUGUUUAAAUGUAUCUAUACACCACCAUCUUGCGGACGUAAACAAAUUCAUUCAAAUACAAUAACAAAUCGUUUAGUGACAUCUUCUAAUUCAUUAUUCAACAAUUCAAUAUCAAGUCCAUUUAAUCAAAAACCAAUUUCUAUAUUAAAGACUAAAAUGUGUCUAUCGAAUAAAGAAAUUUCGGUUUCGACAAUGUCUGACUCGAUGAAAACGACGAUUACAACAACAACAGCAGCAGCGACGAUUGUUUCUUCUUCAUCUUCAUUAUUCUCCACUUCUUUGAAUCCUGUCAUAUCGUCCUCCUCCACAUCAUCAUCAUCAUCUUUAUCACGUUCAACAUAUACAACAAAUGUAACAAAUUGUAGUAAUAUAAAAAAUUCAUCACAUCUAAUGAAUGAAAAUAAUUUGCUAAGAAAUGAAUUAAAUCUUAUUAAAAAUACUACUGAUCAAGAAAUCAGUAAUAAAAUUUAUGAUAAUAAUGAUGAUGAUGAUGAUUGUGAUGUCACGUUAAAUUUAUCAACUGUUCGUCCAAGUAUUGUGAAUACAGAGAAAUUUCAGCAUAAAUUAUUACAGGAUAAUGUAAAUAAUAAAUGUAAUGAAUUCACUUUCUCCGUUCCUCAUCGUCUCUCUUUAACACCAUCGAAUACACCAAUCGUUAAUAAAUCUAUGGAAAAAAACGAAUUUCUAUUUUCAGCACCAUUAGUAAAUAAAACAAUUAAACAUAAUCAGUCCAUAGAUAAUAAUAUUGACAAAGUUUCAGUUUUACCAAUCUCAAUGGAUGAAUCAAAUCAAUCCUCUUCGACUGCUACUACUACUACUACUACUAACAAUAAUAAUAAUGAUUUUUAUGAGAGUACUAUAAAUUGUGAUCAAAUGAAUACGGCGAAGACCACAUACUUAAUUGAGCUUGACAAUACAACUUCUCUUACUAAAACUCCAAUUUUCACACCUACAAAAUUACAAAAUCCAACGGUUGUUUUAGAUCAAUUUCAUACUAAAGAAACAACCUAUCAGUUAACUAAUAAUGAUGUUAAUAAUAAAGAAGAUACUACUCCGAAAGUUACAGUAAAAUCACGUAAAACACGUGAUCAACAUCCUCAUCAUGAAAUCUCUACUCAUUCUUCACAACAAACCACAGAAUCUAUUCUUGAUCAUUUAGAUCGUCUUCAUCAAGAACGUAAUCAUCAUCAUUAUCAUCAUCCAUAUCAACCAAUUGAUAUGGAUGAUUUUGAUGAUAAUUCAUCUGUAACAAGUUCUAUGACUGAUUCAUCAGAAACUGUACGUCGAUCAACUAGACGUGUUAGACCACCGAAACGUUAUGAUUCUUCAGCUGUUUAG